CAUUUCUCUUGGCAGCCAUCAAGGUUCUCAUUCUGGAAAUGUACAGUCGCUCAAAAUACCUCAAAAAACAGCCUCGUUUCCUACCCGUACAUUGAUUGCUGUCAGCCUUGUAAUCCUCAGUCUUUACAGUUUGGUCUUUGGUCUAGACGUUGCAGAGCCUGGUGCAGGGCGUAGACGGCUCAGGUCCCACCCAUCGUCGACCGCACACUCGUCAACUUGUCUGCCCCUCCCGAGUUACUCACUUGCCCCAAAUCAUCCGCCGACAUCCUCAACUCGACCAUCAACCCAACAAGUGACCAUGAGGUUGUCUCGCCCGGUCGCGUGGCUUGUCUUGGUCUUCGCAUGCGGUGUUCCGUCAACAGCAAGCAAAGUGGAAGUUAGCAAUGAAAAUGCGGACAAGAAGAUUGCCGCCGAUGGGAUGCUCAAAGAAAACACGAUCCUAGCAUCAAUACCAAUUGACUCGCUCAUAGAGUUGCACGAAGUGACGAUCACUGUUGAAGAAACUCGAGAGAAGCCAAGCCCUCGCCAUGAACAGGAGAAGAAGAAUCUGCUGAAACGUAUGAGCAAGUCCCACGGUAAAUGGGACACGAACCACCCACGCCACCGACUGUUAGAAGCUCUUUUUGGCUUCAGCCGGUACAAGGCACGACAGAUGGCCGAGAUUGAUCGUUGGAAGGGUUUUUACAAGCAAGUAUCCAAGGCUCAGAAAGCAGUUCUCGAAAAGACCAUUGGAUACUCGCGCAAGUUCGAAAUUACGGAGCAGCUUCUUGGUCUCAACCAGGAGCUGUGCAACGAGAUUGUUGAGACGGCGCUCAAGUUCUACGGGAUCACGCAGAAGGAGCUUGCGGACCACAGCAAAGCCAAGGAUGAUGCAGGUCAGCCAGCUGACCGGGUCAGCGCAUCACAAGCGCUAAAGCACUUUGUCCGAGAUUGGUCCACAGCAGGUACCGGUGAGCGCGGAGAUGCGUUCCCGUGUAUCCUCGAUGAGCUAACGGCCUUGUUCCCUGACCGGUCCUCCCGCAAUAUCAAGGCUCUCUUCCCGGGCUCGGGAGUGGGGCGACUCGGCCACGAGGUUGCGGCUCUGGGCGGAUUCGAAGUCACCGUCAACGAGUGGUCAAUGUUCAUGAACCUCGCAUACCGUUUCCUCGAAGCGCAUCCACAACCGAGAAGCAAAGCCCUCCAUCCAUUCGUCGAUAGUUGGUCCCACCACGCAACAACGGCCGAUCUGUUUCGUGGCGUCUCGUUUCCCGAUCAGAGGGUCAAUACCAGCUCUGUACUGUUGGUCGAGGGCGACUUCACGACGGCCUUCAAGGCGGAGAAAGGGCGGUAUGACGUCGUCGUCACCCACUUCUUCAUCGACACUGCUCGCAACGUCAUGAGCUACUUCGAUGCCAUCCAUGCUUCACUCAAGCCGGGCGGGUACUGGAUCAAUUUCGGCCCCCUUCUCUGGGGAACGGGACCCUUUGUCCAGCUCUCUUUGGACGAGAUUGUUGCUAUCACGAAGAGCAUGGGGUUCGAGUACAUGGAUAUCAGCGAGCAUUGCGGUGCUGUGACACUGCAGGGAGAGAAGGUUCGCGGAAAAGAGGCCGUGUACGAAUUCAACGAGAAGGCUCUCACCAAGAACGCCUACUUGGCUCAGGGUUGGGUUGCCAGGAAAGUCAAAUGAUUCUUUUCUUGACCAAUAUCACUUGAAUCCUACUUGAUCGAAGUAUAUUAAAAUAUAUCCACUAUUAUCCAUAUUUCAGUCACAAUUGAGCAAGC